CCUUAUGUACCGCCCUCCCCCGCCACCAGUGAACGCUUGCCGCCACUACAUCAUGGUCUUGUUAUAGCUGGGGUAAUUGGUUCAAGAUAGGUACGCACGUUGCUGUUGUAAGCUCCGUCUCUAAGGUCUCCCGUCACGUCGUCGCCAUGUCUCUUUCGGUAUUCCAAAGCACAACUCGUGCAUUCCGCUCCCUGCCCAAAGGAGCAGCUCUCCCCUACGCAGCUGCAGGUGGCGUGAGGAGGCUGAUCUCGACAAAAAGCUUGGAGGGCCAGCAACAGCUCUUGUCUGCCAAACUCCAACAAGCCGAUCCCGCCGUCUACGACAUCAUUGAGAAGGAGAAAACCAGACAAAAGCACUUCAUCAACCUCAUCCCUUCCGAGAACUUUACUUCACAGGCCGUCCUCGAUGCCUUGGGUAGUGUUAUGCAAAACAAGUACUCCGAGGGUUAUCCCGGCGCGAGAUACUACGGCGGAAACGAGUUCAUCGAUCAGUCAGAGCGUCUCUGCCAGCAGCGAGCUCUCGAAACAUUCGGCCUCGAUGCGAAGCAAUGGGGUGUCAACGUUCAAGCUCUGUCCGGCGCCCCGGCCAACUUGUACGUCUAUUCCGCCUUGAUGGACACUCACGACCGUCUUAUGGGGUUGGACCUCCCUCACGGUGGGCACUUGUCACAUGGCUACCAGACGCCGACCAAGAAGAUAUCUGCCAUUUCAAAGUACUUCGAGACGGUCCCCUACAGACUUGAUGAGGCCACCGGCCAGAUCGACUACAACAAGCUGGAGGAGCUGGCCACGCUCUACAGACCCAAGAUCAUUGUUGCGGGAGCUAGCGCCUACAGCAGGUUGAUCGACUACAAGCGCAUGCGCGAGAUUUGCGACAAGACCAACGCCUACCUCGUCGCCGAUAUGGCCCACAUCUCGGGUCUGGUUGCUGCCAAGGUUAUGCCGGGCCCCUUCGCCUACGCCGAUAUCGUUACCACCACGAGCCACAAGAGCUUGCGAGGACCCCGUGGCGCCAUGAUCUUCUUCCGCAAGGGCGUACGCCGGCAGAACGCCAAGAAGGAGGACGAAAUGUACAACCUCGAAGGACCUAUUAACGCCUCCGUCUUCCCCGGCCACCAGGGAGGCCCCCACAAUCACACCAUCACCGCCUUGGCUGUCGCUCUGAAGCAAGCUCAGGCCCCCGAGUUCCGCGCCUACCAAACGCAGGUCCUCGCUAACGCCAAAGCGCUGUCCCAGAGAUUGGGCGCCCCCAAGGAGAAGGGAGGCUUGGGAUACAGUAUCGUGUCUGGAGGCACCGACAACCACCUUAUCCUGGCGGAUCUGAAGCCCCAGGGCAUCGACGGUAGUCGUGUCGAGCGCGUGCUGGAGCUCGUCGGCGUUGCUGCCAACAAGAACACGGUCCCUGGCGACAAGUCGGCGCUGGUGCCCGGUGGACUGCGCAUCGGUACUCCCGCCAUGACGACAAGGGGUUUCACUGAGGAGGACUUCGGCCGCGUGGCCGACAUCAUUGACCGCGCCGUCACCAUUGCCGUCCGGGUCAACAAGAGCGCCAAGAAGGCGGCCGAGGAAAAAGGAGAGAAGAAGCCCGGCCUGCUGAGACACUACAUGGAGCAUCUCGGUGACGGAGAGAAUGACCCCGAGAUUGUCCAGCUGAGGUCCGAGGUAGCCGACUGGGUGGGUACCUACCCGCUGCCUUGGGAUGUUCACUCUUCUUGAGCGGUGAGGGGAGAGGGCGUACUAUAAGGAAUUGACGGACACGGAACACUCAUCCUUAGGGGUUAUCAAACGAGGGUUUUGGUCCCUCAACGGCGUUUAAAGGGACUUAUACGUUACCAGGCUAUGCGAGAGGGGCUCAUACCUUGAUCAUCUCAGCCUUCUACUGUCAUUUUAUCUUACGAUCACGGAUUCUUUCUACAAGUCCCGUCAUGCAUGUACCAUUGGGGGGAGGGGCCGUUACACAUCUAGGCACCAUCCACCAACAAAACUUGACCAUACUCAACGAAAUGGAAAAACGGGAAAUUUUAUAAAACUGAAUUAGCCCGCUUAGCAUGCUCUUAUGAGGAUUAUGUGGAGCUAGCCAUUGAGUAUUUGUACAUAUGUCGGUAGAUGCUGAUGUAUUGCCGCCUGGGAGGGGGGUCAAGAAUGGCUUGCGACUGGUGACAUAUCAAGUUAAUCCAGCCCUCACAUUACCAAUGUCAACCUCUUCCCACGGGUUGACUUAAUGCGCCCAUCUCAAUCAAAAACAACCACCCUACGCCGACUUGCCAAAAGCUCCAGGGAGUUAUUCAAAGGGUAUCACGAAAAUAGCCCUGUCGCUCGACCAUUUCCCAACCAGGGUUACUUGUCUUCCCCCUUUCCCACAAACCUCCUCUAGACCUCGCAUGUCCCGUCUCACAAUGCCACCAUGACAUAACGACUCUCGAGAUCUAGGUCUGCUUGGCAUCCGUACUCUCGGGCUGCUUCGCGCCAAGAACCUUGAGAGCGGACUCCCUGGCUUUAAUCUUUUCGUAGUACUCCUUCAGCUUUCGGGUCGCAUCCAGCGCCUCGGUAUCAGAUUCCGUUACAAUGGCGUGGAGCACCGGCCAGACGGCAAAGUCCGCCAGCGAGAUGUUCGGCCCCGCGAUCGAGUCCGCCUCGGCAGCGUACCCCUCCCAGAUGGCCAGCUCCCGCUUCAGCGGUUUGAGGUCGCGCGUAUUGUCGCCCCCGUUGCGUUCCAGCCGGCGCCACUUGUCGAGAAGGGAGACGCCUUGCUGGAAACGGGUCAAGACCCGCGCGGUGUCGGGCUUCGAUCUGUCUGCCGCACCAGUAGUCUUGCCCGGGCCAUACGCUGCAUCAAGGUACAGCAUGAUGGCUAGUUCGCCCUGCACCGUCGACUUCGCUACGUCGUUGUCGACGAACCUGAUUGGCAAAGACUCGGGCACGGCGGUGGGACCAUUGGCGCCUGGGUCGCCGUCAUUCAACUGGAAUGACGGCGACAUGCUGCCCUUGGCGUAGGUGACACCAUACUCGGCCAGCAUCAAGGCGAUGCGCAUGUUGACGACGGGGUCAGACGAAACGCAGAGACGGGGAGAGUUGCUCAUGUGGAGCACGUCGAAGCCCUUGCCAUAGUACUUUUCCCAGUCAAACUCGGUCGAGUGGUUCUCUGUGCCAAAGGCUUGGAGCAUACCCACUGCCUCGGGACUCUGCCCGUUGAUAACACGGUGUGCCUCCUGUCUCGUCUUACCGGUGGCGCCCUGGCCCCAGAUCAAGGUGCUAUCUCGAUCCAAGAACGUGCCGAUCUGCCUGAAGGUGAGAGAGAUGCGCCCGCCGGAGAAGGCCAGCUCUGGUUCGGUCUUGUCCCGUUCCGCCCUCUUGUCCUGCCGAAUGGCGUGCAGCCAGCGCAUGUUGGUCACCAGACCCAUGCGGCACAGUGAGUUGUGCGGCAGCUUCGCGCGCGAGGUUUUGCGCUGCUUCGAGUCCUCCGCCAACGGCGAUUCAGUGCUGGACGAGUCCUUUUCUCGCCUCUUGGUCCUGAACACCAUGGUCCGCUCGGCUCCCAGGCUGACGUUGGCGAUGAACGAGCCCUUGACAAUGUCCAGGGUCUUGUCGCUAUGCUCGGAUAUGUAGUCCAUGCCGUCGCGGUAGAACUGGAUCAGGGCGUGAUUCAGCGGGUGGCCGAGUUGUUUCUCGACCUCGGCCUUGAUCUUCCGGACAGUCGGCGAGAAAUCGAAGAGAGGCGGCGACUCGUCGGAUGGGUGUCGGUAGACCGGCACACUCCCAUCCUCUGCCACCUCACCCUGGACAGCCACCAGGCGCGGGACCUCACCGCCCUGGUGUGACAUUCUCUGCCAAAGAACCUCGUCUCUCACCUUCUCAAAGAUGUUCUCGGCCAAGGGGUCAGGGAGGAGGUUGUGAAUGACCGUUGUGUCGCCCUCACAGAGGGGCCCGGUGACCUGCGGGGAGGAUUCCUUCGCAUUGGCUUGGCCGUCCAUGGUCGCCUGCUUUUCAGCCUGCUCAAGCUUGGAGUCUGGUUUCGCCGACUUCGGCUUCGGCUUUGAUACUGUCUCGGGUUCGGGCUUGGUCUCAGCCUCGGCAUCAGGCGUCAGGUCCGGUUCGAGUUCGAGGUCGGAUGCAGACAAUACCUUGAGAGUACGGGUUUCCUUUCGGUGACCCGUCUCUGUUCUAUUGGACGAACCAAACUUCGGAACCGCCUUGCCCGAUUGUUUGCCCGAAGCCCCUUUGCCGGGUGACUCGCUGACGGCUGGAUCAACCUCCAAAGGAUCAGACACGAUAGAUUCAGAAUCGCCCAUAAUGUUGCGGGACCACGAGUUGGACGGGCCACCUCCCGAACUCCCGAGUGAGAGUUUUGACAGCUGCUUCUCGAGUGUCGCUUUGUAUGCAUCAGCCGAGGAAGGCACUUUGCCAUCGCCAGCCUCCGCGACCCUUUUGGGCACGACAGGGGAUAGUGAGGCGGAUGUUGGGGUGGACUCCCGGCCGGUCUUGGGCUGCAAGCUCUCAAUGACGGUCUCGCUGUCUUCGAACUUGCAACCAGUCACGUCGACAAGGCUCCGUGUGGCACUGGUAUGGCGCAUAUCGGAACGGAAACCGCAGCAGUCCUCGAUCAGGGUGAUGGAGUGCCCGAACUUGGCGGCGUCCAUGGCCGUGGCGUACACGCCUAUGUUGGCGAGGGAGCCACAGAUGUAGAGCUCGUGCACAAACUUGACGCGCAGGAUUUGCAGUAACUGGCCUGAGGUGAAGGCCGAGUAAUGCGACUUGACAAGGGUGACGUCCCUCUUACCCAUGACUUCCUUGAUGGCGUCCGGGAAAUCAGCGCCGCGGGUUGCGGGGCGAACGAUGGCAGGGCCGGGCUGGCUUAGAAAGGCUUCGGGGUCGGCAUCCGAAGUCUCUUCGGGCUCCGGCUGCUCGGAUGCGCCUUUAGGCCUCUUCCUCGCACGAGACUUGAGGGCCUGGGGUUUCGGCAGGGCAUCGGUGGCCCAGAUCUGCUCGUCGGCAACGGGACGGAACUUGUCGAACUCGGUGCGUACCCAGAUGACGUCGCCCACCAUGCGGAAGGCCUUGACCAGCUCGACGGUUCUGGCCACAAGGUCUUCGUGGUCGGUGACGGGGAGAACGCCGUCGGCGGACAAGAAGUCGUUCUGGAAAUCGACUACCAGCAGACCCUUGCGGGUGGGCAGCGUGGGAAUGGCGCUCACAUCGAAGGGAAACAUGUCGGUGGAAGUUGAGGCAAAUGGCGACGGAGGGAGAGGUGGUGGGUGACCCAAGUUCUUGGGACUUGCUGGCGUUGCUUAAACUUCAAUAACUCACCUCACUUGGACGACGGCAAGAAAUUAAAUAUGUAACGAGUGAGAUGCAGUCGGAGUAAUUAUACAGUGAGUGAGAAAGCGGGUUGUUUCCAUCAAGUCACCGGGUGUAAAAAGACGGUGAAGAUAUCCAACGGCGCAGGGAGGUUGUUACACGUAUUAAGGAUGUGACCAACAACAAAAGACGAGUGUGUGAUAAUGUAAAGUGUGUGAUAAUGUAUAGUGUGUAUGCAUAUAUGCAGAAGACGAUC